CUUUAAUGCCCCAUCGCUCGCGAUUUUUCCGGUUCUUUCCGUGUCUGGGGUUCAGAUGUGCAUCAACAGGGUUUUUGCUGUAGCUGUGUCGUUGGCUGGGGGUGAUAACUAGCUGGUUUGCUGCUUAAGGGAGCGGGAGGGGCGGAACGUCUGUGUUCUUCUGCUGCUUCGAUGAUGCGGAUCAAAAAGCGGCGACACACUGUCCAGCACUUUUUGGAUAGAAGUAGCAAAGUUGUGGGAAAUGCUGUGUUCAGGAGCAGAUUAAUGACAAGCAUGCCACUAUUAAAAAGCGAUAAUAUGUGUGAACUCUUUCCCAGCGGAGCAAAACCGACUCUCGGGUUUGCGGUUAGCGUACGCCGUCGUGGAUGCCGCUAUACGGCGUAUUUGAGACACAUGGACUAGCACCUCGUCUGGUGUUCCCGUUUACAGUGCCUUAUUUUGGUUAUUUACUUUCCACGGCCCAAAAUGCCCUUACCAGCGCUAUGUUCCUCUUUUAAUUCAACGUGUGAAUAAGGGUUUUUUCAGUUACCGAGUAAAGUUCUGCAGUACGCCAGGCGGGUACGUUUACGUCUCAAGGCUGCGGUCACGUCAUCUUUUAAGUAAGGCUUUCCCGCGUAUUUUCGCGAAAGUUGAAGCAAAUAGGUGCAAUAAUGCGACGACCGCAAGCGCUAUAAGUGUGGGGUUUCACCCACUACAUGAUCCUGUGGAAUUUUUGAAAUUCAUUUAUUAGAGGCUCGUCAUAUCCUUGCUGCAGUGUCAUUCAGUCUGUGUGUUACACACUUCCUUUUGGCCACAAAUAGUGGAUGGGUGUCGUCAGGAUUGCUGGAAACUUCUUCACCGUUUUCCCAGCGGUGUGUGCGGUGGCGGCAUAUUUUUGUCUUCGUUUUCAAGUCUCGUUCUUCCUCUCUCUCCGCUGCGCCACACAGCCCUACAUGAAGCGUCUUGUCCGCAUCUGACCUUCAGUUAGACAUGGAUCUCGAAGAACGUGACUCGCUUCCUUGUUCGGAAGGGGGAUUUUCCCCCCCUGUGUCUCUUUCACCUCGUCAUGAAGUGCAGUCGGGCUCCUCGUUCUUCCAAGUGAACGCACCGUUUGCAACUGUGGCGAUGCCGGUUCGCCUAACUGCGGCAGCCUUGGACUCGAAUUCGCAUUUUCUGGGAGUUCCAGGAUCCACACGAGGAUGCGCCUCCACAGUUGCUGGGGCUGCUCGCGACGCAAGCAUGUGUGCGACUGACGGCGGUGACUGUGAAGUCGACAGCAGUGUGGGAGGUGCGUGCUACUCAACUCAGGGAUUUCUGGAACACAAAAGUAACCGCUUUUGUGGAGAGGAGUGUGAUCAUGUUCGUGGCUCUUCUGAAAGUGAUAAGUUCGGGGACAGUGGAGACAUUUCGAAAGGCGACGAAGGACAAGGACAAGGACAAGAUUUAGCGACUGAGAUCGGCCUACGUGGUACGCCUCAGUGGCCACUCGAAGGGGAAGGCCAAGUGAAAGGGAGGAAGCUGCGAGACGACAGAACGAAGUCACGGUUCGGAACGUGUGCCCUUUCUCCAGAGAGGUUUAAACCGACGUUGGUGAGCAUUUCCGCGGAAGAUCGCGAUCGUCUUCUUCUUGAUACUGGAGUGACGUUAGAAGAGGCAGAGGAACGCUGGUGGAAAGGCUUGUUCCAGGACCAAGAGACUGUAGUGAAACUAGCAAACAAUGGUGUAAAUACACUUGCAGACUGGAUUCAAGAUGCGGCAGUAGAUGCGGGCGAAAAACCGUUCCUUAUUUCUGCAGAGAGCAACAUGUCUCUCUCAUACCGUCAUGUAAAUGAGCGGAGCAAUGCAGUGGCGGUCUGGGCUCACAAAGACCGUCGAGGAGCAGGGACGUUGGAGGUUCUUUUGCGAGAAGGCACCAAGAAUCUUAUCAUUGAUGAGGAACUCGCGCAGAUACCUAUCACUGUCCCCAGCAAGAUGUCGCCCGCAGAAGACUCGGACAAGGCCCCAACGGAAGGGAACGACUCCGAAAAGCGCACCCCCUCUGGUGAAGGCAAAGGCGACGAAGGAAAAAUCCGGCAACGGCGUGAAAGUUGGGUGAUGGUCCCGGACCCCGCGUUUUCAGCAGAUGCUGAGCGUGGUCAAGCAGCGUUGUUCAACGCAGAGAAAGGACAGGGCGCUGCUUGUGAACCUGCAUGUGGACAAGCUCCACUUCGAGAAGGCGCUGUAGUCGCGUUAGUUAUGUCUACAAGUGUGGAAUCAAUUAUCUUGCUGCUUGGAUUGCUUAAGGCAUGUCUCGUUGUCGCGCUCAUUCCUCCGCAUCUGAAGGGGACGGCCCUCUUUCAGGCCAUUUCCGCUGCUAAACCAACGUGCAUUUUUGUAGAUGACGAACAUCUUCCUGCAUUGCGAGAGCUGUAUGGACUGAAAGAGCAGCAAAACCAAUUUACGAAGCGAAACGGUGAAGGUUCUCCCGACGCUGCGGCCAUCCGGACGAAGCUGAGAGGUGACGGGCAUGCUCAGGCUGCCAGUGGCGGUACGGAGGCUAAAUCACUCUGGGAGAAGACAUUUUUGCCCAGUUGUCCCAGGUGGGAAAAAGGAAGAGUGGUAGAGAGACCUGCAGGGAAACAAGAAAUCAAUGAACGCACAUUUCCUGUAUUCGUGUACGGCGAAGCAACAGUGUCUCAAAAUUGUCCUCCAAACACGCAGGAAAGGAACCUUCUCGAAGAGAUCCGAGAAGCCACAUCUGCAUCCGUAGGGUACUGUAACUGGGAUUCAGAACCCGGAAAGCGCGAGGCUGAUUUUGCAACAGACGAAAAGAUGGUUCGUCCAGAAGGGACGAAUUCUGACCGGUCGCCGUGCACGAUCGGGGCGCGAGUGUCUCCAGCCAGACGAAGGAGCAUGGAUGUGAAAGACCUUCUUCUUCCUCCGUGUUCUCCUUCUCUGGGCGUUGUCUUCAAUCUCCCCACCCGAAUGUCCUCAUCGUCACCUCUUUGUUGGGCGUGCCUCGAGCCGGGAGACAGUGAGUCAAGUCAAACCGGAGACACAACUGGCGCAUUGAUUGCUGGAGAAGAGCAAGGCAAGACAUCGCAGGCGCGGUCAGAUGCAGUCGGAUGUGCAGUCGCCCGUUCCGCUGCCUGUGCCGUUUGUGGGCAUCCAGGCCAGGGAACCAGUCGCCACCCUCGUCCUUCACUCUAUGUAUAUGUCACUGUUCCCUCUCCGCAAAAUACGAAGAGUCACGCGGAAGGAGGAGACGGGCAGGCAGGUGAGACGGGUCAGGGUGUGCGUGCUGAAACAUAUGCAUAUAAUCCCGGAGAAGAGGAGCGGCGACUGGCACCUGUCAAACUAAGUGCUAAAACGGUCAUCAGUUUUGGUGUCACAUGGGCCAGACACAUGGAUCUGACAGAUAACGAUGUUGUAUACUGCCCUCUUGGUAUUCAAGAGGAAAACGGAGGCCUAGCGAUUUUCGCGGCCGCUGUGCAGGCCCGCGCCAGCAUCGUUUUCCCUCGUCAGUGCUCUCCGUCCUGCUCCGCUUUCUGGCGACACAUCGACAAUUUCCAGUGUACGUACACAGCAUAUUGCCCACGAAUGUGGGCGAAUCUCUUUGACGAGUUACCCACAUUCAAGGAAGAAACCGGCGACAGUUCUGUAGAGAAGAAAUCGGAGUCAGAACGUCGAAAUACGUCCGCCGUUCCUCAGAACCGCCGCCUACGAGGAUGUGUAGGAUAUGGAAUGACAAGUUACAUCUGGUCGCGGCUGACCAAAGAAGCGGGGGAAACUUUGAAGACUUGCGUGGAACAUUAUUACCGGCCUCACUGGCCGAUAUCCUCUCCGCUUAUCAACUCUCUAGGGAAAAUGGGGCCAUGUGGUUUUAUCCCCAACACUGUCCAAGGAGAACGAGGAACAGCUAGGCUGGCUCGAUUCGACGAAGUGAAACAAGAAAUCGUCCGGGGACCUCACACAGGCUUGUGUCUCGAUGCGGAAUUGAGGAGUACUCUUGAUCAGAGGCGCGGAGAAGCGAUUGUGAACCUUGCAGACCGAGACGAAUGGCUGGGAUUUGUCGACGAUGACGUCACUCGUGCGAUGGUGUACAGGAAUUCUUUCCGCCAGAAUGAUGCGUGGUGCCGGUCGGGAGAUCUCAUGAGUGUUGACCGUUUAGGUUUCUUCUACUUUCUUGGUCACACUGGGACAUUGCCAGACAAGGAGAGAACAACGCCCGGUGUGUAACCGAAAGCCAGUUCAUAUUUAUGCAGGCGUCGAUAUUCGGACCCCUGUAUUUCCUUCUCCGUGUCGCUUUUUCCUCUCGAUUUCAUCUGCCGUCUUCGCGCCUCUGUCAGGAUGCCUGGUGACACACGACGUUCGGACCCGAUUGGAAGUGCACACGAAGGCACAACAACCAGAAACACAGAAGCGAGAAUCACAAGGCGCAGGAAGGAGCCAUGAAGAAAGCGCCAACAAAUAAACUCGAAAGAAAGAUCCGCUCCAAAGGAGGUGCCUUUUACAUACUGUUUUCCGAAGGACCCCGUUACGACGCAAGCAAUCGUCAGGGGAACAAGCGUCCUCGCUUCAUAUUUCUCUGGCCUCGGUGUCGGUGAAUUCGCUCUGCAGGUCCGCGUUCGUCUGUAAUUGAUGAGUUUGCUUUGUUUCGUCUGUAUAUACGCGUUGUUGCAUAUGUAUGCGUGUUUUGGGGACGAGCAGGUAUCACCAUUCUUUCUUCCACUGACAAUCACAAUUUUUUUCGAGUGGUCAGUAGCUGAAUAGUGGCCGUUGACUGGUUCAGUUGAUCGGCUGAGUCAAAAAGUAGGUUUGGGGACCAACGCAUGGCAAAGGGGAAGAAGAGGUGAAGACCACAUGAGGAAAAGAAGUUGAGGGGGCAACGAGGCCAUGAGGGUAGCACCAUGAAUGUCCAGGAAGUUGUUUUCCGCCUGUGUUCUCAGCGCAGGUAAAGCCCUUCAUACAUCAUGCACACUAGUGAUGAGCAUUCUGUCGGCCAUGGAGGCACGCGUUUCUCAGUACCUGUUUUUCGCAACCAAAUAGGGGACACAAGGACUGUGAAACGCUCAGGCAAUGUACGUGACGUGCCUAUUUUGCCUGGCGGUGUGGUUGCUGGAUCCGCAUUCGUCGGACUGCUGUGUCUAUUUUCACAUGCGUAAGCAUGCAAACCUAUUAUAAAAUGCCACUUAUAUGAAGUCGGUACGUUAUUUUUCGUUGCUGGAAUAAUAAUUCAAUUCCAUAUGUUAAACCGCUUUUUGUGUAGAUAGACGCUACUGACGAAGACAUUUCUUUUUCUUGACUAAAUGGUAUUGCUGGAGCUUGUGAUUGAGAAACAGUGUGCAGGCAUUUUUGCUGCCGUUUCGCACACAACGGAAUGAGGCAUGGUAAGAGGCGUGCACUGGGCGGCGCUUUCUUGCAGUUUUUAAAACUGGGAAUCAGCAGCGGUUGUGAACCACACCCGCCCACGCUGUUCGAUGCACGUUGCGUUGUUGUGGUUGGUGGGACCGCCGCGAGAAACAGCGUAAUACAUUCGGGUAUGUUAUUGUGAGUCGGUACGCAGUCCCUAUAUGUGGAUACAUACAGAAUCUUUUGAUUGAUACGACCACACAACAGACUGGUGUUGCAAAUAUUCUGAGAGAGUGAAGCAAGUCAUACGUAGUGGGCGGGGUGCCAUGUAUACGUGCUGAUGCCUCACAUGUUUAUGUAGGUGCACUAAUGUAUGAUGCAUUUAUCGUGCCGCAUGGCCUGGAUGUGUAUCAGCUUCUUUGAGGCAACUUUCGGGUCUUUAAUUGGCGUGUGUUGUACCCCUGUUUAGCUAACUGGUGUUCUCGCGGGGCAACCCUGUCGGCAGGUGGUGAACAGCUUUUUUUUGAUUACUGCGUGAGUUAAAAUCGUUGCAUGUCAUGAAGAGAACAGGGACUCUGAAACUGAGUGAGCUGUGCUCCUGGCUCUUCCUCAACUCCUGUGAAAAGUCUGACCAAAGGGACGAGUUGACACAUUCACCACAUCAGUCGAAAACGAUAUCGUCCGUGGCGUGUGCCAUAAAACUGGGGGGAAGGCACAUCUACAUCUGUGUGCUGGUCAUGUGAAAAUUUGAGUGGAAAUAAUCUCUGCAUGUACCAAAGUGGCUGUGUGCUUUGCUUCAUAGCAGUGUUCCAGUUGGGGGGGACUGAAAAGGGAUGCGAGGAACUCGCGGGCCGACUCGACAGCCCGUCGGUGGAGACAGGAAACGGAGUCGUGGUCGGCUUUUGUCCCCUGCGUGUCCUGCCGAUCUAGCUGAGGAAAUAGAGAAACAAAACCAGGGGGAGGGGGGAGUGGAGUAGGGAUUGCAAAAACGAGGUUUUUUUAAGCGAUCUGGCCAUCUCGUGCAGGUAUGUACGGCACAUCGAGACAACACGUCUCAGCCGACACGGCAGACUCCUAUAAUCGGUUUUUUCAGUAGAGUAGAAGCCGCAUCAAAACUGUCCGCACAAAUUUAGGAGGUGGGAUGGAUAAGUCUUUAAUUUUCCUUUCAAAAUCCUUUCGAUUAAGUCUUUUUCUGUGCUGUCGCCUUCUGUCAGCCAUUUGACCCGACUUACAAGUGAGAAGGAUGGCUUAAAACCGUAUGUGUGUAUGAUCGACUUGUUCGCUCAACACCUGUGAGGAGAGAACACGACGGAAACACUUUUCAUAGUUUCUUCUUGCAGAGCAGACCAACUGAAUGAGGCGGUCGUCUGGGGGUUGCACAAGCACCCAACGGACAUCUCAAACAAGUAGACUAAGAACGGAAGGACGACACAGUGGGGCCAGAGCUGCUGCAGAGACUGUCUUGCGGUGGUGUCACCUUAGAGCUGCACCGGCAUUUCUCAGCAGAAAAUUGAUUCCGUUGUCGGAACCGCCCAAACGUCGUUUUUACAUUUUAGGCUCUCUGGUGGCAGAAACACAGCUGAACGGCUUUCCCGUGAGUCGCUUGUGAGUGGGGCGUUGGAAAAUGUGCGGCUGCUGGACUAUAUCUUCGUGUUUCAGUUCGGGUGAAAUGCUCACAAACAUUUUUGUUUCUAAGGCCAACGGCUGCCAGCAGGUGGCGAAAACGUCACGCGUGC